UUUCCUGUCCAUCCUGCCAUUGACCGCCGACGAGCCUCGCUGGUGUUGUUCUGGCCUCGUUUGUGCUCGCCUCGCCCUCCAAGCAACUCGCCUAAUCAUCGGCUCUCUCUUGUCACUGUACAUCUUUUCGUGUGCCACCAGGUUUUUUUUCCGACCAAGCAACCUCUCCCUUCGACUGCUGUCAAGUGGGAAGUCAACCGCCAAUCCAUCACCCAGUUUCCCGGUCUUCGCCCUCUACUCACGCCCGUCCAUCUCGAACCACCUGGCAAGCAUGGCGACCACUGCAAUGGAUUACGAAGCCGCUAAUGGCGACCGCUACGAAGACGAGGCUCCUCGUUACGAGCGUGACAACCGAAGCGCCUCGCCUCGACCUGCGCGCGACGACGCUGGAAGCCGUCGCCGCUCCAUGUCUCCCUCUGGCCUCGUCGAUUCCAACAUCAAGGACGCUCCUCCCAAGGACGACGAUGAUGGUGCCAUCAACCCCGGCUCCAACCUCUUCGUCACCGGAAUCCACCCUCGCCUGUCCGAGGCUGAGGUCUCCAAGAUGUUCGAAAAGUAUGGCGAGGUUGAGAAGUGCCAGAUCAUGCGCGACCCUCACACCAAAGAGUCCCGUGGAUUUGGAUUCGUCAAGAUGGUCACUUCUGAGCAGGCCGAAGCCGCCAAGGAGGGUCUCCAGGGCGAGGUGAUUGAGGGCCGCACCAUGAGCAUUGAGAAGGCCCGUCGUGCCCGCCCUCGUACUCCCACACCGGGCAAGUACUUUGGCCCUCCCAAGCGAGACCCUCGUUCUCGCUUCGAUGACCGCCGCCGUGGCGGCUACGGAGGCGGUGGCUAUUCUCGUGAUGACUACUACCGAUACCGCGGCAACGAGAGGGGCUAUGACCGCAACUAUG